AUGGGCUGCUUCGCCAAAUGGAGAUUCACCAAAAAGAAAACGUCUGAUGGAGAUAAUAGAGAUGGCGUACUCCAUUCUCCGACCGCAGAGCUACAUACGCCUAGCCCUGCUAAAUCCUCCUCGAAGAUAACAAGCCCUGAACAGCCUUCUUAUGUUGCUGAAAUGCCUUCCGAGCAAGUCAAGCUAGCUUCAGUGACUUCAAAUACUGGCUCGGUCCUAGGCCUCGCCGAAUCUCCCUCACUUGCUCCUUCGGAGCAGUCUAGGCAAACCAUGUCUGCUCCAGCGGUGACUUCUAAUCCUACUCUGGUCUUCGGCUCUACGGAAGAGCCUCCCGAGCAAGCUAACUCUGCUCUGUUCACUCUGAACACUCUUAUCUCACCAAGUAACGACCGCAAUCUUUAG